AUGGCUACACCUUCAAACACUGGGGCUGAUCCAGCUUCAGAAUCUUUCAAAAUUCGAGAUCAUUUAAAAUCAGCCAAUUCCAAAUCCGAUAUGAUUGAAGAAAAUCAUAACUCUCCAGCUCCUACUUCAACAACAGAGGGGGAGAACGAUAAUUCACAAAAAGAUGAUGCUGCUACUAUGGCUGCGAGUGAAGAAUUAAAGCACACAAGCAUUUCAGACAAGCUUCCAUUGCCUACAGAAACACCUUCGCAGAUACCAGAUACUCAAGCAGAAGAUAAGGAUAUGUCCGGUACAGACAAAGAGACCACGCCCGAGACUGAACCGAUUGAUGCGCAAGAUGAGGAAAUGAGAGAUAGAGUUUCUUCGCCCAAAAAGAAGCGUGGCAGAGAUCAAGAUGACGAUACAAAUCAGGCGGAAGACGAUACUGGGAGAAAUAAUGGAAUUACAAGUGAAGGAAGUUUGAAUGGGAGUCGAACGAUGAGAUCAGGUCCAGAAAAGAAGAGACCUAGAGAUACUUCACAAGAACCAUCCAGAAUAUCAGAUAAAGUUUUAGCAAAGGAGAGAAGCCAGAAAGAGGCAUCGAAGAUUACCGAAACAUCAACAUCAUCCACCGAGAAUCCCAUCAAGUCAACAUUUGGAAGUACAUCUGGUGAUAAAUUUGCAAACUCAGGAUUUGGCGCUUUAGCAUCUGCUAGCACUUCUCCAUUUGGCACAAUCGGCGCAUCUACACCUAGCGUUUUUGGUUCGGGGGCAAAAUCACCACUUUCAGGAUUUGGAUCAUUUGCUUCUGCCAAACCAGCAAGCUCCACACCUACAUCCUCGAUCCCAAGCUCCUCGGCUGAAAAAACUACAUCUGGGUUUGGAAGCGCAUUUGGUGGCGGUGCCACAUCAGGUUUUGGUGGAUUGGCAUCAGGGAGUGUAUUUGGCAGUGGAUUAAAGAAUGGAUUUGCUGGUGGAUCUGGACCAAAGCUUUCGAGCUUUGCAGCUCCGGGCAAAGACAAUGCUGGAUUAGGCAGCAAGCCGGCCAAACCCUUUGGUGCUCCAGCUAGUGAUGCGGAGGACUCUGACGAUGAUGGAGACGAUAGCGAUGAUGGUGCUGAGGGCGAUGAAGAGGAAGGAGGGGAGAGGGCAGUUGUUGAGGACAAGAAAAAGACCAAGAAAGUUCACAUUGACGACGGCGAAGCCGACGAAGCAACCAUAUUACAGAUUCGAGCUAAAUUAUUCGCAAUGGGAUCUAAGGAGCUAGGUUGGAAGGAAAGAGGAGUUGGUACCCUCAAAAUUAACGCACCAAAAUCAUGCGUCGAAUUCGACGACAAUGGCCAUGUGAUUCCUGGCAGUUUCGAUUCAUCAAUGCUUGAAGGAAAUAGUGUACGACUGGUCAUGCGACAAGAAAAUACUCACAGAGUUAUCCUGAAUACUGUAGUACUAAAAGCUAUGGAAUUUAAACCCAAACCCUCAACUACUUCGGCACAGGUCUUAUUCACGGCUUUUGAAGGAGAAACGGAGGCCAAACCUAUUAAUAUGAUUCUCAAGAUGAACGAAAAUAAUUACAAAUUAUUCACAAACGAAAUCGAAAACAUCCAACACGAGCUAUAA